GGUGGUUAUCAUCGGCCCCCGAGCUCUGUAGGCUUGCAUAAUUACGGAAAUCAACCGCAAAACAACUAUCCUGGUCCUUCAUAUCCUAAUACGUCACAAAUGCCACCUCACCGAUUACCUGGUUCUACGUCCUCCAAUUAUGGCACUCCACCUAGUACCGGAGGAGGCUACAACAGUGCACAGUAUUCUAAUGCUCCUGCCAGUGGAUAUGGUGCAAACAGUAUGAUGCCACCACCUAACCAGUACCCAAAGUCCUCAUCUAACAUGCCUCCUCCCACAGCAGGCGGAGCUCAAGCUGCAGCGCAAGCAGCUGUGAUUGCUGCUGCGGCCUCUUCCUCCACUACUCGCCAAUCACCCAUGUAUCUACGACAACAUUUGCAGCAAAAAAUCUACAAUAGUUACAACUCUGCCAUCAGUCCUGUGCCACCAGGUUCUGCCCAGGAUAGUCCUAUGCCUCCACCUUCAAGCACACCUUCAUCUCAAUCAAUGGGAUCCAUUCCUUCAUCUUCAAACUGUGAGGGAUCAUCCAUUCCUUCUUCGAUGGCUGCUUUUCCUCCUGUCUCCUCUUCUGCAAUGGGUUAGUAACAUUCCCUUCUUGAUCAAAUUCAUUU